AUUGCAAAAUAUGGUUUGUGUUCGAGCAUGUCAAUAGUUCUUUUUACGCCAAAGGGUGUUUGCGGUAAAGGCUUUUUCAUUUUAUUAUUUUAACGAAAUAGUGAUUUGAAACUCAAAAUGGUACGUCACAAUAAUCAGUUACCUAAUAACCUGACUCAAUUGCAAAAUUUAAUCAAAAGGGACCCAGCAUCAUAUAAAGAAGAAUUUCAUCAACAGCUUGCACAUUUCGAAACAACCUUAGAGAUAUUUAAUUUAAAUCCUACUCAAUAUAAUAAGAAACUUGAUGAACAAGCUAUGUUUUUGGCUCAGGUAGCAAAAUGUUAUCCUAGUGAAAUGAAAUUAUUUCCCCAGAAAAUUGUGGACAUCUUAAAAACCCAUAAUACGAUUUUACACAAUGAUAUGCGUCUUGCUUUGUGCAAAUGCCUCAUAUUACUAAGAAAUAAAAAUUACAUAACACCUUUUGAUCUAUUGGAAUUGUUCUUUAUACUGUUGAAAUCCCAAGAUAAAUACUUAAGAGAAUUUUUAAAAACUCACAUAAUAACAGACAUAAAAAAUAUAAAUAUGAAACACAAAGAUAUGAAAUUUAAUGCAACUCUGCAAAAUUUUAUAUUUUCUAUGUUGCGAGAUACCGAUGCUAGAGCAGCAAAACUGUCUAUUGAUAUUUUGAUUGAGCUCUAUCAAAAAAAUAUAUGGAAUGAUCAUAAAACUGUAAAUAUAAUUGCUGAUAUUGGAUGCUUUUCAAAAGUAACCAAGGUAAUGGUUGCGUCUCUUAAAUUCUUUCUGGGCAAAGAUGAAGAAGAAAAAGCAGUGGAAUCUGAUAGUGACAAUGAAAUAGACCCACGAGACACUAUGAUCUCUAAUAAAUUUAAUAAGAAAACCAGAAAAAGAGAAAAAAUGGUUGACAAAGUGAAAAAAGUUGCUAAAAAAAUGAAGAAGAAAAAGCAAAACGCUCCAGCAUUUAACUUUUCCGCUUUACAUUUGAUAAAUAAUCCACAAGGGUUUGCAGAGAAAUUAUUUAAACAAAUUGAAUCAUCUAAUGAACGAUUCGAAGUAAAAUUGAUGUCUCUUGAUGUUAUAUCAAGGUUAAUUGGCUUGCACAAUCUAUUUUUGUUCAAUUUUUAUCCUUUUUUGGCAAGGUUGCUUAUGCCCCAUCAAAGAGAAGUUACGCGCAUACUUCAAUUUGCCGCACAAGCAGCCCAUGAAUUAGUGCCACCAGAAGUAAUUGAACCAGUAAUGAAAGCUAUUGCUAAUAAUUUUAUAACUGAGAGGAACUCCACUGAUGUAAUGGCUGUUGGCUUAAAUGCAGUUAGAGAAAUAUGUGCACGUUGUCCACUAGCUAUUGAUGAAGAUCUUCUUAGAGAUUUAGUGCAAUACAAAUCAUACAAAGAAAAAUCUGUAAUGAUGGCUUCUAGAUCACUUAUACAGCUAUAUCGACAAUCAAUGCCUAACCUUUUGCAUAAAAAAGAUAGGGGACGUCCAACAGAAGCAACUAUUGAACUCAAAUCCAAAAAGUAUGGUGAAGUGGAGGUAAAAAAUUAUAUACCAGGUUCAGAAGUACUUUUAAACAAAGAGUCUGUAGAUGUUAUUGAAAAGGUGAAGGGGAAAAAAAAGUCUAAGAAAAAUGACUCUGAUAGUGAUGAGUGGGUUGAUGUAGCAUCAUCAGAUUCAGAUAUAAAUAUAUCUACUGAUAGUGAAUCUGAUGAUGAACAUGAUACAGAGGAAGAAGAAGAACUCGAUGAUGAAUGUAAUGACGAUGACACAGCAACUGUUGAUUCCUCACAAAACAAUGCUGUCAACAAAGGUAAUAGAAAAAUAUUGAAAAGCAAAAGGAAGAUUAAAAGCAUAGAUAUUGAAGAAAAAAUUAAUUCAGCUCGAGAUAUUGCUAUGGAAAAAAUAUUCACUGAUGAGGAUUUCAAACGUAUUGAGGGAGCUCAAUUAAAAAAGCACAUAAGUGGCAUAAAAAGGAACAGAAGUGUUAUUGAAGAUGAAACAAAUGAACCAGGAGAACUAGUGAAGCUGUCUGAUAUUGAAAAUAUUCACAAGAAAAGAAAACAUGAUAAAAAUGCCAGAUUAGAGACAGUUUUGAAGGGUAGGGAAGAUAGAGAUAAAUUUGGCUAUAAAGAUAGAAGAAAAAAUAUUCACUGCUCUAAAACAAACAGGGAAAAGAAGAAGACUAAGAACUAUCAAAUGGUGAGGCAUAAAGUUAAAGGGAAGAUUAAGAGAUCAUUUAAAGACAAACAGAUUGCUUUCAGGAAUUACCUGAUCAAGCAGAAAAAGAUGCGUUAGAUUAUUAUAUAUUCUUUCAUUGUUAAAUAUUUCAUAAUAAAAUAUUUCUUUCUAUGCCUU